AUGGCGGCGAUGGAGGUGGAGAUGAACCAGCCCUCGACGGCGAGCAACGGAGAGAUGUGUUCGCAAGCGGUGAAGGUGCGGGGCGGCGGCGGGGAGGGCCUGCGUCAGUACUACCUGCAGCACAUCCACGAUCUGCAGCUCCAGGUCCGUCAGAAGAUGCACAACCUGAACCGCCUUGAGGCCCAGCGGAAUGAUCUGAACUCUCGCGGUGAGUUUUUUGCUCUCAACUCUAUUUGAACGUUCAAAACGUGGGGAGGUGCAGUCCAUUUCCUUUUUGUUGCUGGGAAUCUCUCGUAAUGCCGUCGCCAGUAUGCCGAGUUCCGGACGCAAAUCUCUUGAAUUUCCUCUAGAUUCCUGCGCAAGUCUGCGCCCAUCGCCUUGUAUUCAGAAUCAUUCUCCUUUAUGACAGUUUUUGUCUAUAUGGGAAGACAUAAGAAGCACGGUUUUUUAUGUCUAAUUUUUUCUUUUUAUGGAAUGCGUAGCGGAGAACUAAAGUUUUAAUGCUGCAAAUAUGUGAAACCUACUUGCUUGGCAAGUCUGCUUUAUCCCAUUUUCAUGGAUGACUAUUUCGAUUUUCCUUUGGCUGAUUGCGGCUUGGUAACUAUGGUUUCUGUCGCGCCAAAUUCACAUUCUAAUGGUCUACUCUAAAUUCUCGGUGAAGCAGGCUUGGAUUUUAUCUUCGUCUUGGUUUUGACUGGAUAAGAACCAGAAAGGGCAUUUGUACGAGGGACAGUGUUUAUCAAAAAUAGUGUAAUAUUUUUUUACGUGCAUCGAUGUCCCCCUUUUCUGUCCAGUCCUUGUAGUUGGGUGCUGCAUAAGAAUAUUAUCAGCAUUACGAAAAUUUAACAGUAUCAUUAAGCAGCUCUUGUAAAAGAGCUGUGAAGCUUGCACAAAAUGGAAAAACUAUAUACUGCCCUAACCACCCCUGCUAGAGGCCAUCCUGGGCCAUAGCAUGCAAACUACGGUUUUGACAACAGAUCAGCAUAAUUAGCAGAAGACUUAAAAAACUUGGGUUGUUAUCGAAACAUUACGCCAAAUCUCUACACAGGAAUCCCCUUUAUUAAAACCAUGCUCCAAUAGAAGCAGUAACUACCCUCUUCAACAAUGUUUCAAUAAAAUGAAAACACCCUGAAAUGUUCUUACUCGAUGCCAACUAAAAAUGCAAACUCUUGGGUACAUAAACUUCCCACUCUUAUGUCCGUUCCACAGUGGCAAUGGAAACCUACCACUGCUCUAUGUUGCCACGACAAUUUCGCACAUGUGACAUGCGAGCAUCCGAUGCACAAGGAAAGGAGAGAGUGUAAAACCUGGUUAUAUAGUGAGAACAUGAGGAUAAUAUGACAAUCUUAGCAUUUCUCUUUUAAGGAAAGGUUGGCUUAAUUUCAAGAAAUCUUCAAAGACUAUUCAAGAGUUUUGUAGACUUGUUUUUAAAGUUCCUCUUUGGUCAAGUUCCUCUUUCAAGGUUAUCGUCAGGUAUUGCAUCUUUUCAUAGAUUAUUUAUUCGUGGAUUCCUAAUUUAAGAUUAGCAUCGAGAGGCUUAUUGCGUAAAAUUUACUGUUUUUUGGUUUUUUAUGACUUAGACUGCUUCUGUGCAAGCCGAAUGCAUGAUUCUGUAAUGCGUGCUGAUGGUGUUGUGUCCAGUUGCAUUUUAAAAUGUUUAGUGAGGCCAUGUAAUCUGGGAAAUUUGAGGUAUCAGCAGCCUAUUAAAAACGAGGAUGCAAUCUCGGCACGCAAGAUGUACAAAUUGCAUGUAUUUGUGUACUAUUUCACCGUGAUUCUGAUUAUUUCUAUUUGUAAUGUUUCGUUCAUUUGUAAAUUAAUGCUUUUGGUACUUAAGCUAUGUAAGCUUAUGAUGGCAAAUACUUUUUAUCUUUAUCAGUCCGGAUGCUUCGUGAAGAGUUGCAAGUUCUUCAAGAGCCUGGCUCAUAUGUUGGCGAAGUGGUGAAGGUUAUGGGGAAAUCAAAAGUCUUGGUUAAGGUAGCUGUUUAAUUUUGAGCUCUUUUAUUGUCUAUUUUUCGAGCAAUCUCGUGAUAAAAAUUAUAGCCAAUCUUUGAAUCCAUUUUUAUCGAACAGUAGUUUCUUAGCUGCAAAUUUUUGCUAUCUUUUCUUGGCAACCUAUAUUUCUAAUUGUUUAUAAAAAAUACGUUAAACCGCGUUUUAAGUUGAAUAGUUGAGCGGUUAAUCAUAAAAAAAGGAUAUGCGAGAGAAGCUGGAUAAAAUGAAGUGGCAGAAUUUUCCUAGUUUUGCAGGUGGGCGUUGAAUAACAACAUCACAGGUAGCUCGGCUGGAAGUUAAUUACAUCGGGAGUAUAAUCUUACAAGUUUCUGCAUCAGACACUUAAUUACGAAAGCAUGUGAAUCUCCCACUUUUUGUUUAUGAAUGUUCUUCCUCUGUUGAGAUGUCUUGUGCACAUGUCUGUGCUUCAAGGAUCAUCAGAAUAUAAUUCUCAUCUCUCCUGUUUAAUUUUUGGUGUGAAAGAAUUGUUUAUUUCUCUCUGAGGUAGCGAGGUUUGACCUCCAUGUUGGCAUCUACCACGUGGCUCUUUGUAGUAGUUUUUUUUAUGUGCAGAAGGCAUCAAAACUUGGAAGUGAACCAUUAGACCUAACUGGUUACCAGUAAAAACGGGCGCCACUCUGUUUUGUGCUUGGUGAUUAUUUAAAAUGGCACUCGUCAUUGCUGUCAUCACUCCACGAUAUUUUUCUGCAGAUUUCGUGUUAGGUUUUUUUUAUGUAGACAAAUAGGCAGAAAUGUAAAAUAUGUUGUUUUUGUCAUCUAUUCCACCUAUAUGGAUAGUCCCUGGAUUGAUGCUUGUUUUUUUCUUUUUUUAUUUAGAUUUUCUGUUGUUAUUUCAAUUUUUAAAAAUUGUUUAUUUGUGUAUGCUUUUUUUCUAUUGAAAAAAUUUAUAGAUGCAGAGCGUUUGUUGAUUAUCCUACUUCUAAUUUUGGACAACAUUCAGGUCCAUCCCGAAGGAAAAUAUGUAGUUGAUGUUGAUAAGAGUAUUGACAUUACAAAAAUCACUCCGUCAACCCGCGUGGCUCUACGGAAUGAUAGCUAUGUGCUUUACUUGAUCUUGCCGAGCAAAGUGGAUCCCCUUGUCAACCUUAUGAAAGUUGAAAAGGUUCCCGAUUCUACCUAUGAUAUGAUUGGUGGUUUGGACCAGCAGAUCAGGGAGAUUAAAGAGGUUUUUUUUUUGUCAACCUGGAGAAAACACAUCUUCCACGUAAAUCUCUGGGCCAGUUUCCUUACUCCCUCGUUUUUGCUUGUGGAACAUUUCAGGUUAUCGAGCUUCCAAUCAAACAUCCAGAACUGUUUGAGAGUCUCGGCAUUGCUCAGCCUAAGGUAUUUGAAUGAGGAGACGAUCUUAUUUAUAGGAGCUAAUAAGCUCCUGGGCGGAGGAUGAUACCAGAUGGAAAGCGCAUUAAACUUUGGAUUUUUCUAUCCAGGGGGUGUUACUCUAUGGCUCGCCUGGGACGGGGAAGACUCUGCUGGCUAGGGCAGUGGCCCAUCAUACCGACUGCACCUUCAUCCGCGUUUCUGGCUCGGAGCUGGUUCAGAAGUACAUUGGAGAGGGGUCUAGGAUGGUCCGAGAACUUUUCGUCAUGGCCAGGUAAGCGUCGAUUUCAUUUAUCAGCCGUUGUGUUGUUUUAUCUUUUUAGGACGGUGCGGAGGAGUGUCCUGUGGUUCCUUGCAUUGAUUCCGGUGGCGCUUUCCUUUUGCCCAUCUGACCUACGAUCCUUGGUGUGACUCUCUCGAAGGGAACAUGCUCCGUCUAUCAUAUUCAUGGACGAGAUCGACAGCAUUGGAUCUGCCCGCAUGGAAUCUGGAUCCGGCAACGGCGACAGUGAAGUACAGCGAACGAUGCUCGAGCUUCUCAAUCAGCUCGACGGGUUCGAAGCGUCUAACAAGAUCAAGGUUUGGAAACUUCCUCGUUGUUGUUGUUGGUGGGUGGGUGGGGGGGGUGGGUGGGAGUAGAAAGAAGCACAUUUCUGCCCUGUUGGGGGUGAUGACUGUUUCUUGUGUUUCUCUUCCCGUAGGUUCUGAUGGCCACGAACAGAAUCGACAUCCUGGAUCAGGCCCUCCUCCGGCCCGGCCGAAUAGACAGGAAAAUCGAGUUCCCGAACCCCAACGAGGAGGUGAAUAUCCCGCCCGCGCACUUACCUCUUAUGUGCACCCCCCCCCCCCCCGGCCUUCGGAGACUUUCUCGGCAAUGGCCAUGGUUUCAAGUGUCUCGUUCCUAAUCCCUCACCCGCACUCUAAAUCUUCCCCUUCUUCCAGUCCCGUUUCGACAUAUUGAAGAUUCACUCGAGAAGAAUGAACCUGAUGCGCGGCAUCGAUCUAAAGAAGAUAGCGGAGAAGAUGAACGGUGCGUCUGGCGCCGAGCUGAAGGUGAGCCCUCUCUCUCUCUCUGUGUGUAUAUAUAUAUAUAUGGAUGUCUCGGCGCUUGAUUCCCCGCGCCUCUCCUCCGUCAGCCGAGCUUUCAUUUACGGAGGAAUGAGGUUGUCUGACCAGGAUUGUGCCGACUGACUCAUUUCGUGUCUGCUUGAUGCGCAGGCGGUGUGCACGGAAGCGGGAAUGUUUGCCCUGAGGGAGAGGAGGGUCCACGUGACGCAGGAGGAUUUUGAGAUGGCGGUGGCCAAGGUCAUGAAGAAGGACACGGAGAAGAACAUGUCCCUGAGGAAACUCUGGAAGUAG